CUCGCCGGCUGAAGCGCCGCGCUCUGCUCGCCGAGCUCGGAGGUGCCACACGGGAGCCGCGCGUUCUUUCGUGGAUUCGCCGCGCAGCUAUCGGGAAAAGUGGCUGUGCGCGAGGUAAUUCUCUAAUGGACCAAUGAAAGCCAACGAUGACAAGUUGUGGUCAACAGUCCUUGAAUGUGCUGAUGGUUCUGCUCUCAUUACUCUUGUCAGCUGUGUUGUCCGCACAUUUUCGGGUCUGCGAACCGUACACGGACUACAAAGGUCGCUACCACUUUGGAUUUCACUGCCCCCGUCUUUCUGACAAUAAAUCUUACAUCUUUUGCUGUCACCAUAACAACACAGUGUUUAAAUAUUGCUGCAAUGAGACAGAAUUCCAGACUGUGAUGCAAAUGAACUUAACGGGGAAUGCAGAUGGAUAUAUGCAUAACAACUACAGUGCACUGUUGGGAGUGUGGAUCUAUGGCUUUUUUGUGGUGAUCUUGCUGAUACUGGACCUUUUGUAUUACUCCUCAAUGAACUAUGAUAUUUGCAAAUUUUACCUGGCCCGCUGGGGAAUCCAUGGCAAGUGGAUGACACAGGGACAGAGCCGAUGGAUUAACCCUGCUCAGGACCCAAGACAGACACAGCCUCAGCCAGAGACACAGCCUCAAACUCAGCCCCAGCCUCCAACAUCACAGACAGUACACACUUUAAAAGGAGAUGCUUUAAGCCCACCCCUGGUGUCUUUUCAGAGUACAUCUGCCUGUUUUCAAGUUUUUGUGAUGACAGAUGUUGUUCAAGUUUUUAACUUCCUGUUCUACAUUCAUCUGAGCACAGCUAAAAAUAUGCCCAUUCUAGAAAACACUACAUGAUGAUAAUAGGAAAGUGAUUCUUGCAAAUCCCUUGAGUACUGCAGAGAACUGACAGUGCAAGGAACUGUCCCAAGAAGGAUGUCAGGAUUAACCUAUAGCUUGUAAAGUAGUUUUUGAAUUUUUAUGGAUUAAAAAAAUGAUGUAACUAGUUUUUAUUUCAGCAUUUCUUCCCUUGCCCUAGUUUAAGUGCUUUGAAUUGGCAACGAAUCGGGUAUGUCAGAGGAAAAAUCAAGCAAGUUAUAGUAUAGAGUGGGUAGAACCAUCCUUAUGAUGUUUAAGCAUUUGUCACAGUGGAUCACUUUGUUGUUUACUUGAGACAAAGAGAACCAUGUAUAGCCAUAAUAUUAUUAUAAGUAAAGAGGUCUGGAAUCCAUUAGGCAAGCUGCUGGCUGCUCUUGCAGCGUUGUGCCAGGAUAGGAAGGAAAAUCAUUCAUCUCAGGAGCAUCCAACCCCAUUUGCACUAAUGUAGCAUGUGGAUUUUACAGCCCAACUAAUGCUGAUUUCUUCUUCAGUAUGAAACCCACCUGAGGGCUGCCCAGGGCCUGUGUGGGCUGAAGGUCAGGGUGGAUGCAGCUUCUGCAACCCCAGCGUGGCACAGCCCGCAGUGGCUGAGAUCACACAGCUCACACACCUCCUGGUGAUCCUCCAGGGCACGAGCUGGGCCCUUCCACACUCCCUGGCCCCAUGGAGAACCUGCAGUCUGCUUACCUGAACAAGCUUUUACAGCUGGAGAUGGAUCCACGACAAGCAGCAGGCAAAUUGUUCCUACUACUCAGCAAAGUAAAAGCCAGGGAGGGGGUAAAAUGGGAUAUUGCCAGUUGGAGAAUCGAAAUCCUGACUGCUGAAACAACUUGUUUUCCCAACUGUGGGAAUAUUGUUAAUUAAUAGUAAUUAAAAUAGACUAAAGAGAAAGAUCACAUUAAGAUGUGUGAGCCAGGGCAGCCUGGCAGAAUUCCUCCAGGUCCUCCAUGGCUGUGUUGUGUUCUGGAUGUGAGAGGGAGACCUGAUCCCUCAGCCUUGCUCUGCUGAUGUCAAGCUCCUCCUCACCUCCAUCAAGGAUGCAAACCACAGGGAAUAAGUACUGUCCUGAUGUCCAACAUUUGCUUCUGUGUUCUGUGCCUUUCUGCAGGGCAGCAGGCAGAGGCAAUGUCUGUGAUCACACAUGCUCCCUGACUCUCAGUUUCAGAAACCUGCUGCUUGGCUAGAAUCAGGAAAGGAGCAGCCCAGCAGGGUUAGCCCCUGUUAUUUCCUUCCCACAGCUGGAAUGGAUUAGGCAAAGGCAAAUCUAUUUUACUUCCCCUUAUUAAAGGCUAGAAUCUGCUUUUGCUGUGAAUUCCUCUGAGGCACUUUGUCUUUCAGACAACAAAUGGAAUUGUUUCUAACCUGCUGCUAUUCACCUGCUACUUGACACCUCUUCAGAUGACUACCAAAGCACCAGAGAGAGUAAAACCCAUAAAAAUACUGGCAGGGUUUAGGAGCCAGCAGGUAACUGAGCAUGUCCUCUACAACGGUACAAAAACCACCUGAAUAUUUUGCUGGUGUGAAAGAAUUUGCUUUGGUAGCAGGUUUUGGAGCAGGAUGCAGGCUGUCACUGCAGUGCUUCCUUCUGCAACUUGUAGGAGCUGCAGCCUUGCCUGUGUCAGGGGCCAUUGGUGCUGCAGUGGUCACUGUGCUCACAAAUUCAUCUUUGUGGUGACAGAGGAGUUUGUGCAGAGGCUGCUCUUGGUACAAGUUAUUUACAGUAAACAAGGGGGAAAAAGCUGCCUCCUUCCAUUUUAGGUAAGAUCUCAACUUCACAUUUGCAGAAUUACUUCACUGAACAGGAACAGGAUGAUGCUGUUUUAAAGAUGCAAAAUCUUGCAUCACAGGGCCAAGCAUAGUUUUUAUUUAGAGCACCUACCUAGAUGGCAAGUCAGAGCAAAAGUACUUUGGAUUUUUUAAAAAGAUAGAAAAAUAAUUUAAUAUUUACACUGUGCUUUUUUUGAAAGAACUGUCUGGGUAUUGCCAUCAUCUGGAAAAUCUGUUUGGUUACAAAGCUUAGGUAAGCGUGUAAGGCUAUAUCUACCAUUAUCUGUGGGCCUCCAAUGCCUUUGGAAUAUAUUGGGUUAGAAUAACAGAUAAUGCUGAAUGCAUUUUCCUCUAAAUGUUCUUACCUUGCUUGCUGGGAACUGCAUACCUGUAAAAAUAGAACUUAGCUCUACCCCAGCCCAAACCAGUACAUCAGGGCAGGAAACCAAGAGCACAAACACACAGUGGACUUGCAAUUAAACACCUCAAAAUCUGCAGUGCUCCGAGUUCUGUUUGCUUCCCUCAAUACAACAUGCAAAAAAAGGGAGAUUUUGGUUCUAUCAUUUGCAUUUUAAAAAUUCAAGUUACUGAGUGGCUGCUUCCUUUCUUCCUUGUGUUUAGAAGUUCACUGUUAGCAUGUGAAGUUAAGCCAAUAUGCAAGGUUUUUAUCCAGUUCAAUCUAAAUCUUUGUGUACCUAGAUAUACACAAACUGCAGCUUUUGUUGAUACAUAUGUAACACACAUUUCAUGCCAUAUUCUCCUUUUCCUCUGGCUCCAUAAAUUAUAGACCCCAUAUUGAUUUCUCUACAUUCUUUACUUCAGAUUCAUGGCAUAUGGGCUGAUUGAUAUUCCCUAUGUUAGCUGUUUCUCAGCCUUUUCAUUGAUUUGGGACUGUUGCAUUCAUCAGCGUCAAGGAAAUCUUUCUUUUAAAGGGACUGUACAGCUGAAGCAGUUUAACUUAAAUAUGAUAAUGAAUUGUAAGAAAAUAGUAAUUAGUAACACACUCAAAAGUCAGUGGUUAAAAGGUUAUCUGAGUACUAUUGCUGAAUGAACUCUUCAAGCUGAGAAAAUGAAAUCUAGCAAAAUUACUGGAAACCAGAUCUGAACAUCUUCCAUAUUUACAUUUUCUCAUCUAUUCUGGAUAGAAUUUUUUGCAGUGAGAUAAUUACCUCAUCCCCAUGAUGACGAUAGAAGAUAGAAGAAUACAAUUUAUGUGAAAUCAGAACACUCCAGUUAAGCCCACAAUUUCACUGCAUAACGUCACAACACUGUAGCACCACACAGGAAGGAGUUUGACAACCCAAACUGUAUCAACCCAUUCCAUCUCCUCUGUCACAGGAGAAACCAGCAAAAUUUAAAAGAUUCUGUAAAUAUCUUGGUAGUUACAGAAGUCCUACCCCUGGCAUCCUCUUAGGUGCCAGAUGCUCAAUAGUAAUUGAGUAAUGUUUCACACAUUUUAAAAAUGCACAGAAAAAUAAAAUAACAUCCUCACUUGGGUUCUGAAUAGGACAGAGAAACUUUAGCAUCGGCCAAAGUUAUUUCCAGGAGUAGAAACAAUAAAAAGGGAGGUGUUGAGGAGCUGGAGUUAAUGAUUUAAACAGACAAUCCUUACUUUAUGUAAAGUGACAAGAGGAUUUCUAAGUAGGAGAUUUAGUGUAAUUCAUUGUUCUGAACUGACAGAAAGCACUUUUCAAAAAAAAAAAAUAUACAAGACAGGAUAUUGCCCAUCUUCAGUAGUUUAUGCUGCAGAGAACUACUUAAAAUACCUGCAGAACAACUAUAUAUGUACAUUUGGUGCUCUUAACAGAAGUGAGAAUGAAGAAGAACAAACAAGGUAAGAGUCUCUGAAGAUGCCACUUCUUUCACCUUGGAAAAGGAAUUCUCAAUGUGUAUUAUGGAUGUCAAAAAACAAGUAACUCCCUAAACUCAAAGAGUACUGAAGAUCCUGUGCUGACCUAUUUAUUACUUUCAGAGUUAUUAUUAAGCAAAAAGCCAUAUGUAAUAAAUAAUCCUUCUAUGGGGUAGCAGAAGCUAAAAUUUCUGUGUGAAAUGAUGGCAUAUUAUGGGAUACCAGACAUUAAUAGAAUAAUCAGAAACUUGCAUGAUAAUGUUGAAGGCAGGACCGUAAAUGGUAACAAUGUCAGACAAUUAUUUUCAGUGAGAGCUGAGGGCAGGAAUCUACCACAUCAUUACUUUCAUUGUCCCUGUCCCCUGAUGAGACCAUGAUGAAAAGAACCACAAUAGUCAUUUCAUCAGAGAAGUGCUAAAACAUGUCUGUAUGACCUUGAUUUUAUAAUGACGUUUCACUGGACUGCUCAAGAAAAGAACUUAAAUGAAAAUAACCAAAAAUUAGACACAUAUUUUCAUUAUCAGCAAGGUAUCAGAUAUAUCUUGUCUGUUUAAGUCUCAAAAGCAAAAUAGAUCAAGAAGCAUUGGAAUCUGUGUCAUUAUACUCCUCAAUGAGACAUGAGAGAACACUGAUGUCAAUCAGCAAAAAAUUUUCAGGCACUUGAAAGCUUUUGGGGAAGUUACAUGAUCAACACUGUCAUAAGUAAAUAUGCACAGACACCUACUAUUCACUGCAGGAAAAAAAAAAGAAAACAUACCUCUGAGAAGAGUUUGAAAUCCACAUAGAAAGUUUCUUGGAAAUUUAGAAUGCUGAGGAGAUUAAAAGCAGCUUAAGACAUGAAAUGGCAGGAAUAUGACAUGUCACUGGAACACAUUUAGAAACACUGCUAAUUUCAGUCCCACCUCAGGGGACAACAUGAUCCCAACACAGGACAAGUGAGGCACAUUCCUUCAAAUAAUUUGGAGUUGAAUCGGCACAACAUUACAGAGCAGCAGCAGAGGAAUGAUUGGUUGGAACUUGGCACCCAUCAUAAUAAACAGGAAGGUGAAAAAGGUGUGUAAAAAGUGAUUAUGUGUGGAAAUAAGCUGUCUCACUUCACUUCCCAAUAGGGUUAUCUGUUUCCUGGUGUUUCUGUAUAGUGAGAGCCUUUACUUAGGCUCCAGACAAUCUCAGAGGUGGAAUGGCUGAGGGGAGAGAGCUGUUGACUGUAAAUGUUAAAGGCAGAGAUGGAAAGGUGUUUGCACAGCAGAAAAAUGACUGUGGGGCUCAAAUCUGGAAGGGAGCAAACUCCACCCACAAUUUUCCUUCCUGAAGAACUGAUGCUGGGGUACAUCAGGGAGGAGUUUAUGCACUAAGGAGUUGUCCUAUUUACAGGAAUUGUGUGUAUUAAUGAGAUGAUCACAUCCCUGAGCUGAGCACACACCGCACAGGCUGCCUCCUGUCUGCUGGAAAUCACUGCUGGCUCUCACAUGGAAAAGGGGCUGCAGUGAGCUUCAUCAGGAAUUACAGUAAAUUAAUUAAACAGUCAUUAAUUAUAUUCUGCAUUGAUUAGCGUUACAGAUCUUAGUCACUCACACAGAAGGGGGAGGAAAAGUAAUUUUCUGUUGCAUUCACAGUCUUUGGAAAGUGGUGAGUCACAGGGAGCUGCUGCAGCCAGCACCUGUUACCUGCUCAUCCCCAGCACAGCUUCACCAAAAACAUUGUGAAGAAAUUGUGCCUGGAAGGCAGCCAGAGAUCAGCCUUUCACUCACCAAAAACCCCCCAAACUUCUCUCAAGCUGCUGAACUUAAUGGCAGCCAGAAGAACACCUGCCUGAUUUGCAUUUUAAGGCAUUUUAAAGAAAAUUACAUGGUGGACUGAGAGUUGACUCAAUUUAUUUUUUUAAAUAUUCACUGAAGCCUCUUAGAGCAUAACAAAAAUAGGCAUCCCAAUUAAAAAGAGCCCCCAGUGUUUGCAUGAACAUCCAAAAGAAGACAAAAACGGGGAUACAUUUUUGUGCGUGUGUUAAAAAUAUUACCCUAAUUGAGAUGGUAUUAUAAAAAAAAAGAAAAAAAAAAGAUGGUUGGUUGAGCCUCAGGUUGACUCUUCCUGUCUUUUCCUUGGCAAUACAUAAAGCAAAAGCAGAAAUAACUGAAGCAGUCCAACAAUCAUACUUAGAUGCAAGGGGCAGGUUUUGAAGGAGUGAGAGACAAGUGAGAUAAUAGGAAAAAAGCACCUUGUUAAGCAUUAGUAGGGUGAGGAAUAAUCCUGUCCUCCCAUUCCAAGUCCUCAUCUUCCAGUGUUUGUUACACUAAUAAAUUUCACCUGUGAGGGCAACAGCUGCCUCAGUUAAUUUUUUUUUUCCUUUAUUCUAAUUAAUAAACAUCUGGAAUGUUUAAAAAAUAGUAAAAAUGGGCUAGGGGAUUGUCUGGCUUUAUCUUUCUCAGAGGCUGCUGGCUGUAGCUGGAGUUAGUGCUGUUGUUACUGUAGGAACCUGUGAGUCCUUAGCAGGUUGUGUUUGUCCACACAGUGCUUGGGUGAGUCAGCUUCUGGUGCUUCCAUUUGACAGAGGAAAUGGAAAAUUGUCUGGGUACUGAGGGCCACACUGAAAAUAUUUGGCAAUUCUGCCAUUGCUCUAAUUUGUGUAAAAAUUUGUAAUGCUUUGGGGAGCAAACCCAAUACAGCUCCCUCUCCAGUGCUCUGUUGCAGACAGAGAAUAUCCUAGAACUAUUUGAAAUACCCAGUGGUACAACAGGUAACUCCCCACCAUCAGUUCCCCACACAAUAGGAUGGCUAAACAAGCAAACUUGGAAUUCUGGAGCUCACGGGGAGGAGAUGCCAAUUAAAAGUAUGGAACUGUUGUCUCACGAACAGUGUGAGGCUGCUAGAGGGAAAUACCACCUUCCCCAGGGCCUGCAGCAGGAAAAACCCAAGUGACAGAUGGGAAAGAAUUCAGGAAGAGCUGCAGAACUUAUCUGACUUCUGGGAAGUUUGUCAGACUAAGGAGUUGAAGAAGCUCGAGGCUAAAAGAACAUUAAAAGGCAAUUUGAGCUCGGUCUGUAAAUUCUUCAUGGCCAGGAGAUUUCAGAGAGCAGAGGACUGUACAAAGACAGAAAAAUAUCCAAUACCUGGAAGAUCUAAUUAUACAAAUCUUUACUGGUGAUAAAGAGCAGGAUUAAACUCAAUUUAGCUAUCUAAAAGUCUUUAUCUACUAGUUAUCCUCACUAACACAUUGAAAGAGGCAUUUCCAGAGGGUUAUUCAUUCCACCUAUCUUAAGAUGGAUGAAAUUGCUUGGAAGUCUGGCUUGAUUAAUUUUUUUGACAUUAUGGUGGAAGAUGAGUUUAUAGAAGUUGUUUAUCCAGCUGAAAUUUGCCAGUGGGAUUCAUCUCCUCCAAAUGUGCAUUUCUUUUAAUGUUGGCAGUUGAUCAAGGAAAUGUCUUGAGCUGCAGCAGAACGCCCAUUACUUGUGAUUUCAAAAUUGGCAAGGGAGCUUGUGGAACAUAAGCAACAGUGGGAAGAAUGGGAAGCUAGGUCUGCACAGCUGGCCAAACUGAGGACCCUAAAAGAACAAAACCCUUCCAAAAUCUCAUUUAUCUGGAGAAUGGGUGAUGCUGCAGUCCCAGAAGAUUCACACCAAGAUCAGUUUUCUUAGAAUCAUUAGGCUGGGAAAGACCCUUAAGGUCAUUGAGUCCAACCAUUCCACCAGCACUGUCAACCCACAUCCCCAAGUGCCACAUCCACACAGCUUUGAAACCCCUCCACGAAGGGAUGGAGACUUCACCACUGCCCUGGCUUGACAGCUCUUUCAGUGAAGAAAUUUCUCCUAAUGUCCAACCUAAACCUCCCCUGAUGCCACUUGAGGCUGCUUCCUCUUAUCCUGGGAGAAGAAAUCGAACCACCCCUGUUUUCAGUCAUAGUGAUAAAGAGCAACAAGGUCACCCUGAGCCUCUUUUACUCCAGGCUGAGCCCCUCCUGCUGCUCCAGCCCCUUAAUGCCUGUCUUGUGAGGGCCCAGAACUGGACACAAGAUUCAAGGUGUGGCCCAGCAGUGCCAGCACAGGGGACAGUCCCUGCCCUGGCCCUGCUGCCACGCCAUGGCUGGCACAGCCAUGGGGGUUGGCGUGACCCAAGCAUCACAUUUUCCCAGCAUGGCAAGCUCAUCAUGCUCACUGAGCAGUCAGAAAACACAAACCAACAGCUGCACAUCAAAACCCACAGGAUGCUUUUCUCCAGUUGUCUCACCCUCUGCCAUUCAGGACUGCAGGGGACAAAUGUGGCCCUUCUUCCUUCCCUACCUCUUCCAAUAAAUGCCUGAUUGUGCAGCUGCUGCAUAAUAGCUGCUGAUGCCAGUGGGACUGUGCAGGGAUUGCAUAAUCAUUCCAGAGAAUGGGAAUCUCUGGGCAAAGCCUCAUCCCAGGACCGCCUGCCCAGUCCUUCCUCAUCUCUCAGGUUCUGUGGGCUCAGAGAACUGGAGAACCUCUUUUCACUAAAGAGGUGAAAAUUAUUUUUGCAUGUAACAGGCUUCCAACUUUUCACGUGGAAGUGCUGUGAGAUUAUAGUGGACACAAGAGCAGCCAGCAAUGGGCUCCGUUCCAGUGUGUGUAAAAGCUGUUGUGGAAUUAAUCCUCCUGAAUUCUUACAGCCUUUCUGCUUCUCCUCUAAUGUUGAGGUGCACAUAUGGUAGCUGCAGCUAUCACUGGGUAGCUCUAAAAGUUUAAAUUUCUGUCAUUAAAAAAUGAGCAUACAGUAGAUCCACAAUAU